AUGCUUGCUCCGGAGUCGCGUCUGUCACUUCUGCUAAGAGACCGUCGCUGCCUGCGCUGUCAGUUCCAGGCAGUCAGGCGCUCCAAGAUCAGUCUUCGUUAUUCCAGCAACACACCACAGCCAUCAGCAGAUAGCUCGGAAAAUGAGAUAGCACCGCUCGUACUCAACCGGCCUAUUGGCCUCUUGCACCCUCCGGUACCAGGGCAAAAUACUGGGCUCGAUAAACGCUCGUUGAAAGAACGGCACAACGACUUUGUUAAUAAGGACAAACACUCCCAACGAACGAAAGACUUGAAAAACCAACUCGCAAAGCCUUACUUUCGAGAAUGGACGAACCUGCGCUACAAUGACGGAAAGACGUUUAUAGCAAACCCGCGACUUUUCAAGAGAGACCUAUCAUUUUAUUUCCCCAACCUCUACGGAACUACACUGGCGUCCCCAAGCAAGCCACAAGACACAACAACAGUAAUUCACGGAAAAGUCUCAGUUGUGAGCCUCUUUUCCAGUCUUUGGGCAGAGCAGCAAGUUGCGACAUUCACGGACCUAAAACAGAACCCGGGACUCCUGGAGGCACUCAAAGUCGACCCGUCCAUAGCACAGCAGGUAUCCAUCAACCUGGAGGAAAGUGCCAUGAAGGCGUGGUUGGUCAGGAUGUUUAUGUGGAGAUUGCGACGACAGCUGCCUGUCGAACAACACGAUCGAUAUUUCCUUGUGCGAAAGGGGUUGACAGAACCAAUCAAACAGUCAAUUGGUAUGCUCAACAGCAAAGUCGGCUACGUAUACCUCUUAGAUGACGUUGGUCACAUUCGAUGGGCUGGCAGUGGACCUGCGGCACCUGAAGAAAAGGAAUCAUUGAAUGCGGGCCUUUUGAAGUUGAUUCAUGAGAAAAAGAGCCAUGGCAGUAGCAGGUCUCGCCCCGAGUCUACGAGUGCUACUGAAACGACAUCUGGUAAAGCAAAACCAAGGGUCAUCCCGCACCAGACCGUGCGAACGGUUUAA